AUGAGGAACACAGUCAUCCUCUCCGGCGUGGUCGCCCUGGCCUCCGCCGCCCCUGCUGCCAUGGUUGACAAGACGGAAUCACGUAAACAUUGGGGCAUUGCCUGCGGUCCCACGACAAAUUCCGCCGGGGAAAUUUGCUCUUACAUGCGUCGCGCCGAGGCCACUCCAACAUACGCCGAGCACAAGUCGACUUCUCAUUCCUCGUCCGAGUACAAGACGACCCACUCCUCCACCAAGUCUAAGUCCACUCCCACACACUCGAAGACCAAGCCCUAUUGGUCGGAGCACACCCCUUCCUCCAAGUACACGCCUGCCUACUCGAAGUCCACUCCCACCUACGCGGAGACCACACCGUACUGGUCGGAGCACACCUCUUCCUACUACAAGUCAACUCCUACCUACGACGAAACCACACCAUACUGGUCGGCCUACACACCAGCGGUCUCCUACGAGCGUCGCGGCGAGUACAAGCCUCCCCACUCUACUUCUACCUACGCGGAGUAUGAGCCGUCUUCAUCGUCAUACCCGGCCUACAAGCCAUCUUCGACCUACUCUGGACACAAGUCGUCUUCAACACCUCAUGCCAAGCACGAGUCGUCUUCCUCGUAUGCGGAGCACACCAAGACACAGUCUUACGGUUACGAUGACUACAAGCCCACCCACGACCGCCGUGGCAACUACACCGAGGCCAAGUCGACGCCGUAUCAGCAUUCCGUCUACUCCAUCUACAGCCCUCCUGCUCACACCUUACACUCCACCGGUGCAUGUCUCCACGUACACCCCACCGGCGCCUUACACAUCGGUGUACAGCCCACCUGCACCAUCGGUCUAUACUCCUCCAGCAUCGUACAGCACGCCGGCUCAAAAAUCGUCGUACACUCCUCCCGCGUCAUCAGUGUACACUCCGCCCGCAUACAGCUCGCCUGUUCACAAGUCCUCAUACAGCUCGCCGACACCUCACUCAUCCGUGUACACUUCUCCCAGCCACACGUCAUCUUACGCAAAGCAUGUCUCCACAGCUUCUUCCUACUCUACAUCUGCUUCCAAGUCUUCCUCCAAGUCGUCGGUGACGCCCCACUCCACUCACGUUACGCCCGCCAAGCCCACACCUGCAACUUCAUGUUCAAGUGCGGCGAGAAGAAGCAGUGCACCUACUUCGGCAUUGCAGAGACCAUGACUAUGUGCAAGGAGAUCGGCAAAGAGUGCGACCAGCCUUGCGACGACGACGACGACGACAAGACCGACCUUUCGGUUCUUGACGAUCUCAAGGACUACUAUGACGACCUUCCCGACUAUCUUCAGGACGACAUCGAAGACGCCAUCGAGCACGCAAAGGAUGCUGCCAAGGAGAUCUGUGAUGAGACCGAUGGCAAGCCUCACAUCUGCGACAACAUCCCCGAUGAUAACGAGGAUGACGACGACAACAACACCGAAAGCAAGCCUGAGUACAAGCCUCACGCCGACAAACCCAAGCACGAGGACGAGAAGCCGGAACACCCCAAAGGCGGCAAGCCUGCUCACGAUGAGCAUGAGGGCGACCACCCUUAUGGCAAGCCCGAGCACGACGAGGACAAGCCCGAGCCUUAUGGUGAAAAGCCUGAGCACCCGAAGGAUCACGACGACAAGCCCAAGUACCCUGAAGGACCCAAGCCGCAAGGCGACAAGCCCAAGCAUGACGAUGAUGAGCCCAAGCAUGACGACGGCAAGCCCAAGCACGAUGACGACCACGGCGACAAAUCCAAGGCUCCCAAGCCUGAGGAGCAACCCAAGGGCCCUCACGGUCCUGACGGCAAGAAGGCGACCGAUGGCAAGUCCAACUAG